GAUGCUGAUAUUUUCUAUUUUGUUGUAUUCAGUAAGUGCAAAAUUACAAUUCUUUGUAGAAAGAUAAUUUAAGGAUGUAAAUUAUUCAAUAGCAAAUUUUGGACACAUUCCAUAUGGACGCACUUUAGGGGGAUUUUUGGUGAUUCCUAAAGAAUUAGAAGAUAACUAAUUGGAUUUAUGCAAUAAAUCAAAUAUCAAAAAGUUACCAAUAAUGGAGAGCUACUGGAUUAUUGGAAGGGUAGGAAAUUGUUCAGCAACAACAAAAGUAAAUUUUAUAUCUUAGAAUUAGGCAUAUGUAGCAUAAGAAUUGGGGGCUAAGCUUUUGAUAAUUGUAAGUAACAAGGAGAACUUAAGUAAUACAAUGGAAUUGAAUAAUGAUGGUAUGGGUUUCAAGGUGCAUAUCCCAACAAUUGAGAUUGGCAAAUAGGAUGGUGAUUAUUUUAUGAAGAAAUUUAUAAAUGUAGAGGAGAUAUUUCCAUAUGGUGUAAUUACAUUCAAAGAUUCAAAGAAAGUUGAAAAAGUAUGCAACAUAAACAUAUAUUACAGCCUGAAGUAAUUUUGUUCAUAACCCUUAAUGAUAAGGGAGGCUUUAAAUUUAUAAGAGAAUUUUAAUAAUACUAUAAAUAAUUAUAGAAAGAUGUGAAAUUCUACAUUAGUUAUGAGGUGGAUGUGAGCAAGAGAGAUUAAAGAUUAAAUUUUACUGAAUCAAAUGAUUAAUGCAUGGGAGGUGGUAGAUAUUGUAUGUAAAUGAGGGGAGAGGGUUUAGGAAGAUAGGUGAUAGAAGAAUAAUUAAGAUAACAUUGUAUAUGGAUAAAUAAUGCAACUCAAUGGUUUGAGUAUAUGGUAAUUGAGAAUAUAAGAAAAUUUAGGAUUAUUUUGAUAAGAAUUGUUUUUAGAUACAACAUUAUGGAGUUUGUUCAAAUGAAAAUUGGAUAGCAAAAUAAAAGAGUAUAGGUGAAUGUGUAGAUAAUUCAUAUGAUAAAGAUUCAAAGAAGGCAAGAGAAUUACAAGAAAAUAAAAUAAUGGAUUAAUGGGUAGGUAAUAAAUCAUUAAGUGGAAUAAUAUAUUUUCCAGGUGUUUUAGUAAAUGGUUAACCAUAUCAUGGUAAUUUAGAGGCUGUAAGUGUUACUGAAGAUAUAUGCAGUAGUAUGAUUAAUAAUGUAAUUUAGAUAUGUUAAAUGAAAGUAUUUGUUUUGCAUAAUAAUAAUAAGAUGAUGAUACUCCAAGUAAUGGAAGUGAAAUUAAUUGGGCUUUGAUAGCAUUUGCAGUAGUGAGUUGUAUACUUUUUGGUUUAUUCUUGUUUUUGUGUUAUAGAAGGAGAUUGAAAAUGUAGAUGUAAUAAGAAUUGGGUUAAUAAGUAAAUGAGAUGGUCAGUUAAUACAUAAAAUUUUAUGAAACUAAAAGUGAAAAAUGA